UUGCUGUCUGUACCAGUCAAACACAACAAAUGUCAUUUUGUUUUUUGAGUCAGAGAUUCUGUGACGAUUUUGACUGCUGAAACAUUUUCUAAAAUAAAUAAUAAACAUUAAAAGCUUAUUUUGUCGUUCUCUUUCACAGAACAGCGAACGAAAUAACGUUUUGUGAAGAACACAUUUUUUAUUUGUAAACAGUUGAAGGGAAAAAUGCCAGGAAUAGCGACAAUGUCUUUAGACAACAUGUUUUGCACCCGUUGUGGUGAUGGCUUUGAAGCCAAUGAAAAGAUUGUCAACUCCAAUGGAGAACUUUGGCAUACAAACUGCUUUGUAUGUGCACAGUGCUUUCGCGUAUUCCCUGAAGGUAUAUUUUACGAGUUCGAAGGUCGCAAGUAUUGCGAACGCGACUUCCAAGUGUUAUUCGCUCCAUGUUGCGGAAAAUGCGGCGAAUUCGUUAUCGGUCGCGUGAUCAAAGCCAUGAACGCCAACUGGCAUCCAUCGUGCUUCCGUUGCGAGGAGUGCAAUGUAGAAUUAGCUGAUGCAGGAUUUAUUAAGAACGGUGGACGAGCUCUGUGCCAUACUUGUAACGCUCGGAUCAAAGCUGACGGUCUACUUAAUUACAUGUGCCACAAGUGUCAUGGUGUUAUCGAUGGCGAGCCACUGCGCUACCGUGGUGAGGUGUACCAUGGUUACCACUUCACUUGCGCCACCUGCGGCGUGGAGCUCGAUCACACCGCUCGGGAGGUGAAGCAUCGUCCGGGAUACGCUGCGAACGACGUGAAUAAUCUCUUCUGCUUACGCUGCCAUGAUAAAAUGGGUAUUCCAAUCUGCGGAGCUUGCCGUCGUCCCAUCGAGGAAAGGAUCGUAACCGCUCUCGGAAAACAUUGGCAUGUUGAGCACUUCGUGUGUGCCAAAUGUGAGAAGCCAUUCCACGGCCAUCGCCACUACGAGAAGAAAGGUCUUGCGUACUGCGAACAGCAUUAUCAUCAGUUGUUCGGAAACCUCUGCUAUGUCUGCAAUCAAGUUAUUGCUGGAGAUGUGUUCACGGCUCUGAACAAAGCUUGGUGCGUUCAUCACUUUGCAUGCUCCGUGUGUGACGCACCGUUGAGUACGCGAUCCAAGUUCUACGAGUACGACGAGCGCCCCGCUUGUCGCCGCUGUUACGAAAAAUUCCCUGCCGAACUAAGACGUCGCUUGCGUCGCGCUCACCACUACACCAUCCGCCGCUAAACAUGCAAACUAAAAAAGGAGACGAA